AUGAGGCUGUUGGUGCAUGGGAACGGGUUGCUGGAAGCAGAUGGCAUUGUGCCUGAACUGGCUCCAGUGACUGAAUACGGGAUUGCAGACACCCAGACCGAAGUCUCCACGGCUGACGACGACAACUACGGACACUCAGACGAACGCUCCAUGCACGACAACUACGGACACUCAGACGAACGCUCCACGGACGACAACUACGGACACUCAGACGAACGCUUCACGGACGACAUCUGUGGACACUCAGACGAACGCUCCACGGACGACAACUACGGACACUCAGACGAACGCUCACGGACGACAUCUGUGGACACUCAGACGAACGUUCCACGGACGACAUCUGUGGACACUCAGACGAACGCUCCACGGACGACAUCUGUGGACACUCAGACGAACGAUCCACGGACGACAACUACGGACACUCAGACGACGCUGAGAAGUAUACAAACACAGAGAAAGCAGGAAUACUAG